UGCAUUGAAAAAUUAUGGAGAAGGGUGAAGGACCAAGUUUAAAAAAGAUUAACAAAUAUGCUUGUGCUUGUUCCAUUGUUGCUUCCAUGAUAUCUAUCAUCUUUGGCUAUGAUACCGGAGUGAUGAGUGGAGCAAUGAUUUUUGUGAAAAAAGAAUUCCAUAUCAGUGAUGUGAAAACAGAAGUUCUAGCAGGGAUACUUAAUUUAUGUGCUUUAAUUGGGUCACUCAGUGCUGGAAGAACCUCUGAUUAUGUUGGCCGACGUUACACUAUAGUUAUAGCUUCGGUGCUUUUCUUUUUAGGAUCCGUUGUAAUGGGAUACGGUCCAAAUUACACGAUUCUAUUAUUAGGCCGAUGUAUUGCUGGAGUUGGUGUUGGUUUUGCACUUAUGAUUGCACCAGUUUAUUCAGCAGAAGUUUCAUCUCCAUCGACUCGUGGAUUUCUGUCAUCUCUUCCAGAAAUUGGAAUUAGCACGGGUAUUUUGCUUGGCUAUUUGUCUAAUUAUGUUUUUGCCGGAUUGCCUCUGAGAUUUGGUUGGAGGAUUAUGUUAGGACUGGCAGCAAUCCCUUCAGUUUUUUUGGCGAUUGGCAUUCUCAGAAUGCCAGAGUCUCCUAGAUGGUUGAUAAUGAAAGGCCGUCUAAGAGAAGGCAAGGAAAUAAUGUACAAAGUUUCAAAUUCUCCUGAAGAAGCUGAAUUCCGAUUGAGGGAGGUUAAAAGAAAUUUAGGCAUGGAUGAAAAUUGUGAUGAUGAUGUUGUUAAGAUUUCAGAUUCAGUAAAGAAACAAGACGAAGGUGUUUGGAAAGAAUUGCUUCUAAAACCAACAAAAUCACUUCAAAGGAUUUUACUUGCUGGUAUAGGAAUUCAUUUCUUUGAACAUGCAACUGGAAUUGAAGCUGUGAUAUUAUAUAGUCACAGAAUAUUUGCAAAAGCAGGGGUACAUGACCAUAAACACCAAAUUCUUGCGACAUGUGGUGUUGGAUUAACUAAGUUCUCAUUCAUAGUGUUGUCGACUAUCUUGAUUGACAGAGUUGGUAGGAGAAAGCUAGUGUUAACGAGUGUAAGUGGGAUGAUUUUGGCAUUAACUGGACUUGGGACUUUCUUGUUUUUGGCAGAGCAAUCUGGUGGCAAACUUAUAUGGACUUUGGUCCUUAGCAUAAUUACAACUUAUUCAUAUGUGGCAUUUUUCAAUGUUGGGCUUGCGCCAGUUACUUGGGUAUAUACUGCUGAGAUUUUUCCUCUUAGGUAUAGGGGUUUAGGAGUCGGAAUUGGUGUUGCAGUUAACAGGUUGAUGAAUGCAACAGUUUCUAUGACUUUUUUGUCAAUGAUGUCAGCAAUGACAAUUGCAGGUGUUUUCUUCAUGUUUGCUGGGAUAUCAGUCAUUGCUUUGAUCUUUUUCUACUUUUUCUUGCCUGAGACUAAAGGAAAGUCUUUGGAAGAAAUGGAAGCUCUUUUCACUAAAAGCAAAGAUUCUAAGAAUGUUAGAAAAGAGGUGGAGAUUGGAAAUCAUUGACGCCUUCAUCAAUUAUUAUGCAAUAAAUUUUGGUAUUAGCUAGCGGCUACGCAGAACGCGAAUAAAA